AUGAAUAAUGAAAAUAAAAUUACAGAUUGGAAAAUAAUUUCAGGAAUAUUAUAUGGAGUAGGAUAUAAUAUUAACAAAAUUAUAGGAGCAGGGAUUUUUAACCCAGAUGUGAUAUUGAAACUAGUCCAGUCACCAGGAAUUGCUUUAUUGCUUUUUAUUGUUUGUGGUUUCAUAAGUAUUUUAGGCAGUUUAAUCUACAUUGAGUUGGGAAUUAGGUCGUUACCAAGCGGAAUAGGCGAACAAAAAUAUAUUUCUGAUGCUUUUCCAAGCAAGAAAAAUUUUGGAAAUAAUUUUGGACAUGUGUUUAGCUAUGUUGCAAUUUUUAUAAUAUUGCCCGGAGAAAUAGUAGCUGUUUCUUACAGUUGCGCUCAAUAUCUUCUUUACAUUCCUCGAGGAAAUUUUAUAAAUGACUAUGAUCCCACAGCAAUGAUUGUUUCGGUUUUAAUUUUACUCGUUAUCACGUUAUACCACGCGUCCUCUAAAAAAAUUUCCGACUACAUUAAUCAAUCGCUAGCCUUGAUAAAGGUUAUUUCUUUACUUAUUAUUUCGAUAGUUGGACUAGUAAAAUUAGCAGCAAAUGGUUUUGCUAAUUGGAUUAAUGUCUUCAAUGUAUCCUCUAAUUCUGGUGUAUAUGAGUUUGGUGCAUAUGGAAAUGGUUUAAUACAG